UGAGGUCUUGUUGCAGAGAUGAAGCUGCUGCCAGUCCUGGCCGGGCUCCUGGCCAUUCUGGCUGUGCCCCGGCGCUCUGAGGGUGCCAGUCCAGCUGUCCCGGAGGAGGUAGAGACCUCAGUGGUACUGACCUGCAUGGAGGAAGCCAAGCGACUAGUGGACACGGCCUACAAGGAGCGGCGGGAGAGCAUCAAGAGGCGUCUUCACAGUGGCUUGGCCAGCCCCAUGGAACUGCUGGCCUACUUCAAGCAGCCAGUGGCAGCCACCAGGACAGCUGUGCGGGCUGCUGACUACCUGCACGUGGCCCUAAGCCUGCUGGAGGGGAAGCUGCGGCCUCUGCGGUGGGGGCCCUUCAACAUCACUGACAUGCUGACACCGGCCCAGCUGAAUCUGCUGUCCAAGUCUAGCGGCUGCGCCUACCAGGACGUGAGGGUGACAUGCCCGGAGAACGACAAGUACCGUACCAUCACCGGUCACUGCAACAACAGACGCAGCCCCACGCUGGGGGCCUCCAACCGUGCCUUUGCGCGCUGGCUGCCGGCCGAGUACGAGGACGGCUCCUCGCUGCCCUACGGCUGGACGCCCGGGGUCAAGCGCGGCGGCUUCCCGGUGCCCCUGGCGCGCGCAGUCUCCAACGCCAUCGUGCGCUUCCCCACCGAGCAGCUGACCCCAGACCAGGAGCGCUCGCUCCUGUUCAUGCAGUGGGGCCAGCUGAUCGACCACGACCUCGACCUGAGCCCGGACCCGGGCGCCCGGGUCUCCUUCGUCGCUGGUGUCGACUGCGAGACCAGCUGCCUGCAGCAGCCGCCCUGCUUCCCGCUCAAGAUCCCACCAGAUGACCCCCGCAUCAAAAACCAACGUGACUGCAUCCCCUUCUUCCGCUCCUCGCCGGCCUGCACAGACAGCAACAUCACCAUCCGCAAUCAGAUCAACGCGCUCACCUCUUUCGUGGACGCCAGCAUGGUGUACGGCAGCGAGGAGCCUCUGGCCGCCAAGCUUCGGAACACGUCCAAUGAGCUGGGGCUGAUGGCUGUCAACACCCGCUUCAGCGACAACGGCCGGGCCCUGCUGCCCUUCGACACCCUGCAUGAUGACCCCUGCCUUCUCACCAACCGCUCGGUGAACAUCCCCUGCUUCCUGGCAGGCGAUAUGCGUUCAAGCGAGAUGCCCGAGCUCACCUCCAUGCACACGCUCUUUCUGCGGGAGCACAACCGGCUGGCCACAGAGCUCAAACGCCUAAACCCCUGCUGGGACGGAGAGAGGCUCUACCAGGAAGCCCGCAAGAUUGUGGGAGCCAUGAUCCAGAUCAUCACUUACCGGGACUACCUGCCCCUGGUGCUGGGACCUCAGGCCAUGAGGAAGUACUUGCCAUCCUACCGAGGCUACAAUGACUCGGUGGACCCCCGCAUCGCCAACGUCUUCACCAAUGCCUUCCGCUAUGGCCACACCCUCAUCCAGCCUUUCAUGUUCCGCCUGGAUAACCAGUACCGGCCCAUGGGGCCCAACCCCCGUGUUCCACUCAGCAAGGUCUUCUUUGCUACCUGGAGGGUAGUGCUGGAAGGUGGCAUUGACCCCAUCCUUCGGGGCCUCAUGGCCACCCCUGCCAAGCUGAAUCGCCAGAACCAAAUCGUGGUGGACGAGAUCCGGGAGCGGUUGUUUGAGCAGAUCAUGAGGAUCGGGCUGGACCUGCCUGCCCUGAACAUGCAGCGCAGCCGGGACCACGGCCUCCCAGGGUACAAUGCCUGGAGGCGCUUCUGCGGGCUCCCCGAGCCCAACACGGUGGGCGAGCUGGGCACGGUGCUGAAGAAUCUGCAGCUGGCAGAGAAGCUGAUGCAGCAGUACGGUUCGCCCAACAACAUUGACAUCUGGAUGGGUGGCGUGGCCGAGCCCCUGGAGCCCUUCGGCCGCGUGGGCCCGCUCCUCGCCUGCCUCAUUGGGACCCAGUUCAGGAAGCUCCGCGACGGUGACCGGUUUUGGUGGGAGAACACGGGCGUGUUCAGCAGGCAGCAGCGGCAGGCGCUGACCAGGGUCUCCCUGCCCCGUAUCAUCUGUGACAACACGGGCAUCACCACCGUGUCCAAGAACAACAUCUUCAUGUCCAACAUGUUCCCUCGGGACUUUGUCAGCUGUAGCACACUCCCCAAACUGGACCUGACUUCCUGGAAGGACAGUGACUAGAAGCUGGGUAAGGGGGUGUGCUGGUGAGGGGUUGCCUGGGCAGUCCCUGGGCUGGUCCCAUGGGGGCCCCUUCCUGAGGUGAGCUCUUCCCUCUUCCGCCCCAGAAGAUGAGUGUGUGUGUGUGUGUGUGUGUGUGUGUGUGUGUGUGUGCGCGCGUGUACGUGCACAGUAUGUAUAAGUUGUAUUUCCUGUGUGUGAGUUUUCUGAGACCGUGGGUAGUGUUUUGUGUGCUGUGUAUACGAGUCGUUUAUAUGAGCGUGUGUUUGCUGUUCAUGGGAGUGUUAAGAAUACGGAGGAGAGUAGCAUGUGGAGGCUGGCUCGGAGCCAGCCUGCUGGGUUCAAAUCCCGACUCUGCAGCUCUCCCACUGUGUGACCUUGAACAAAUGACUCAACUUCACUUUUCUUGAGAAAACCUUGAGUUUUCUUCUUUGCAAAUCAAAGCUGUCGUGGUUCCUUAGAGGCUCUGUUUACACCAUGUCUGCCCCCAGGUAGUGUAUACCUGACAGUGUCCAGGCUAGCAGAGGUGACUCAGUGACCUCUGGGGAAAUGACCACGAGCAGUUAGGCUGGGUGUGCUGGUUGAGCUGUGGGCUCAGGGGUGCAGGGCUCGGCCGGUGGCUCCCCUUUUGCUUCCUUACACUGUUCUCUUGCUUGUUCCCAGGAGCCCCCCUGGAGAGGAAGUGGGGCCCAUUGGCCCUUCUGUGCCAUGUUUUUGUAUCUGAUGUGACAAUAAAGUGCCACUGAUGGGGA